ACUUCCGCGUGACUGAAGCUCUACUUCCUGUGUGGUGGACACGAGCAGAAGCGAAAGAACGCUGUGUUCAAACACAGAGCAGCAGCGCGAUGCUCGGAACAUGACGGCGCUCCGCUGCUUCAGCGUCUGUUCUCUGCUUCUGCUGAACGCGUCCGCGGGAUUUGGAGAUCUGAGGCGUCCUGAGAAUGUCAGCAUGGACUCGCUCAACACCCGUUAUGUGCUGCGGUGGGACUGGCCUCACGAGACCGCCGCCAACCAGACCGCCACCUUUACUGCGCAGUAUAUACAACCUCGGACACAGAAGAACAGUGAGAAGUACUGGACAUCAGUGUGUGUCAAUGUUUUGGAGCAUCGCUGUGAUUUCACUGGAGCUGAUCUGCAUUACAAUGGCUUAUAUCUGCUGCGUGUGCGGGCCAACACGUCACAGCAGACCUCCGGCUGGGUCCAGAUCAGAUUCUGUCCUGAUGAACAUGGUCCUCCCUUCAGCGUGAAGCUGAACUCGGUUGAAGGAGAUCUAGAGAUCAUCAUCACCAACCCUCUGAGCAGCACUAACCAGUCCAUGAAAACUUUGCUGGACAACAGGUUUAGCUACCACAUCCAGUACUGGAAGCGUUCUGAAGAGCCUCAGACGGCUAAAGUCCUGGAGACGAAGAAUAAUGUGGUGACGCUGACUGAGCUGGACAGACAGACGUGGUACUGUGUGAGAGUUCAGAGCCGUGAUGACUUCAGUGAGAAGAGCAGUGUCUUCAGCGACACACACUGCACACGCACUGAAGGUCAGAUGCCGUACUGGCAGAUAUUCCUGUACUUCCUGAUUUCUCUGCUGCUGUGCUUCCUGCUGCUGCUGCUGUACUUCUGCUUUAAGAAGAUGUUUCCGCUCCUCAAGAACACCUUCUGCCCAGCCAUUCAGCUCCCGGAUCACAUUCAGGAGCUGUGGUUAAAUGAAUCCGAGAAGCCGCAGCUGCUGGCUCCUGAGUCUCCAGAGUCUGUGUAUGAGCCGCUGGUCGUGGUCAGUGCUGAGCUGGACGCUGUGGCGGUGGAUGAGCGCUCACACACUGGGGAUCAGGACUCCAGCGCACACAGCAGCGGAGACUCUGGCGUUUACUCCACAGAGGAGGACUCCUGUCACAGAUCCACCACACACGCUGACCUACAGAUGAGCAGCAGAAAGCACAGAGAAAAGCUGCAUGAUGGGAUGCUGCUGGACCCCUGUGCUUGAAACGGUCAACAGAUGUCAGAUGGACAUGACUCUAGCUAUUUGCAGCUUUGCCUUUCUCUCUUCCAACAUCUGUCAGCUUAUUGUACAUGUAGAGACAGCAGCACCUUACUGAGGUUUACGACAUUUGUGCCAUAUUUGUCAUAUCUGUUAACAUGCAGAUUUCUUAUGAUUCUUAUAGAAUGUUAAUUCAUUGUUGUCACUUGAUGUCAUUUUUGUUAGCUUUUACAAUAGCUUUCCUGUAGCUCAAAUAGUAGAGCAUGGUGCUAGCAAUGCCAAGAUCAUGGUUUCAAUUCCCAGGGAAAGCAAGAGCUGAUAAAAUGUAAAAGAAACAAAACAUUGUGAACCCUUUUAAGCCAAAGACAACCAUAAAACAAACAACAAUAAACCAA